AUGAGUGCACUAAAAAAAAAAAUCUCCAAUGGUGAAACAAUUACCUAUGUGCAAGGAGCUGGUUACCAUGGAGCAAAGGGUACCAUAAAUGUAUGGUCUCCUCGAGUAGAAAAUAGAGAGGAAUCAAGCUCAUCUAAAAUUUGGGUUCAAUCUCUAACAGCUAAAGAAAGUAUUGAAGCUGGUUGGCAGGUAUGUCCGAAGAGAUUCGGGGACAGUCGCCCUAGAAUAUUUACUUAUUGGACGGCGGAUGCUUAUAAAGCAACUGGAUGUUACAAUGUAAUAUGUCCUGGUUUUGUUCAAACUAGCAAAAAAAUUGUCCUUGGACUUCCAGUUGGUCCGGUGUCGGUAAUCGGAGGAGACCAAUAUGAUUUUAACCUAAAAAUCGAGCAGGAUCAACAGAACCAGCGUUGGUGGCUUGAAUAUGCAGCUGGAAAUGAGAAUUAUGAAAGAGUUGGUUAUUGGUCAUACUCACUUUUUAAAGAAUUAAAUCAUGAAGCAAAUUUAAUUCAGUUUGGUGGAGAAGUUGUGGAUUUAAAUCCAUCGGGAGAUCAUACUUCAACUUUCAUGGGUAGUGGAGAAUUUGCUGAUGAAGGUUUGAAAAAGGCUGCAUAUAUUAGGAAUAUGAAAGUUGCAGUUAAUCCAAACGUCUAUAUAGACCUUCUGGAUGCUGAAUAUUUAGAAGAAAAACCAGAUUGUUAUAAUAUAAAAGGAGGUUUUGAUAAAGAUUAUGAGACAUAUAUUUUCUUUGGUGGACCUGGUAGGAAUUAUCCGAGAUGUCCGUAAAGGAAUAUUGUAUAAAAUAAAAUAAAAUAAAAUAAGAAAUAAAGAGCUAAAAAUAUAUAUAUUUU